AGAAGGAGCAAGUCACACCGUGGGUCGCACCCUGGAUGUCGCCCUGUGCCUGCGGAGGGCUCUCUGCUUGCCUGUGCCCAUGCUGCUCCUCCUCUUGCUGCUGCUGCUGCCCGGCCCCUCACACCUCCAGAACAACUGUGAGGUCUCCGAGGUGGCCAGCCAGGUGGAAGUGAACUGUGAUCAGCGGAAGCUGAAGGCGCUGCCCCCGGGCCUGCCAGCGAACAUGACCAUCCUCCGGCUGGGGGAGAACCCCCUGGUCACCUUCUCCAUGGACGCCCUGGUGUCCUUCUCUCGCCUCGUUCAGCUCUACCUGCAUCAAAGCCAGCUGACGAGUUUGCAGGUGAAGGGGACGCUGCCCCUGCUGGACCAGCUGAUUCUCUCCCACAAUAAGCUCAAAACGCUGCCCCCGCUGGGGCCUGCGCUGCCCGCCCUCACCACGCUGGACGUCUCUUACAACCAGCUGGCCUCGCUGUCUGCCGGAGCCCUGGACGGCCUGAGCCAACUCCGGGAGCUCUGUUUGCAAGGCAAUAAGCUGAAAGCUCUGCCCCCGGGGCUCCUGGCGCCCAUGCGCCAGCUCAGGAAGCUCAAUCUGGCUGAGAACCAGCUGCACGAACUGCCCCCCCAGCUCUUGGCUGGGCUGGGAUAUCUCAACACCCUCUACCUUCACCGGAACUGGCUGCGCAACAUACCCAACGGCUUCUUUGGGAACCUCCUCCUGCCUUAUGUUUUUCUCCACGACAACCCCUGGAUCUGUGACUGUGAUAUCCUUUAUUUGCGUAACUGGCUGGAGAAAAAUCCCAAUGCCUACCUGUGGGAGGCAGGUGUGGAUGUCAAGAGCAUGACCCGCGACCUGGACAGCGUGCGCUGUGGCAAUCUGCACAACACACCGGUCCACGCCUACCCGGGCAAGGGCUGCCCUCCUGUUAUCAUUGCGGACGACUAUGACGAUUUCUACCCAGAUGAAAAGAAAUCUGCAGGUGACGUGCUUCCUGCCACGAGAGUGGUGGACGAGUUCUCUACUGGCACCACCGAAGCCCACACAGACCAGGGGGUCCUCCUCCACUCACAGUCUUCGGCUGCUAUGUGGGGUCAAAUGUCCUCCCUGCCGCCCACCCAAGAAUCCACCAAGAAACACAUCACAUUCACAGUGAGGCGGGUCUUCCACUUCUCCACAGCCCCAGGCGCUGGAGAACCCACCCCAUCCUCCACAGCUCUAACACCCAUGGCUGAGCCCACCCCAGCCCCAACCACCCCUGGGCCCACCUUAGUCCCCAAAACCUCUGAGCACACCUCAGCCCCGACCACCCCAGCCCCAACCAUCCCUGAGCCCACCACAGCCCCCCAAGCCCCUGAGCACAUCUCAGCCCCCCAAGCCCCUGAGCAUACCACAGCUCCCCAAACCCCUGAGCACACCACAGCCCCCCAAACCCCUGAGCACACCACAGUCUCCAUAUUCCCUGAGCACACCACGGUGCUGACGGCUACUCAGCAUACUAAAGCCCUAAAUACCCAUUAG